AAGCGAUGCGCUUCAUCCGGACGCGCGCACAUCCAUGCAGCGGAGAGCGGAGUGGAUCUGACCGCUGAAGGGGGUAUCUCCUCCCGUUACCCAACCAAUGUGAUACCCUCCGGCUCUUCGGGAGAGGUGUUCCUCUGUCGUCUCGAUUGUCUUCACCUGGUUUACUCUUAACAGCAAUAUUUCUUCACAUUCAGAGAAUAAUGGAAGCGCUCGCGACGAGAUGCGCACUGUUUCUUGCGCAGAUCGCACUCUUCAGUAAUACUGCGGAUGUAUCAGAAGCAUAUGGAUUCAGAUCACAGAAAAAACUCUCAGAGAACAUAGAGUGGUCUUAUGCGGGAACUCUAAACCAAAAUAACUGGGCAAAGAAAUACCCAUCAUGCAACAAUGCCAAACAAUCACCAAUAAACAUUGAGGAGAGCCUGGCACAGGUCAAAAUUCAAUUCCAGAAGCUGAGAUUAGAGGGAUGGGCGGAAAAGACAUCAGACUCCACUACAGUAAAGAAUGAUGGGAAAACGGUGGCCAUUGAUGUGGGAGGAGAUUUUUUUGUGAGUGGAGGGGGUCUCAGGUCCAAGUUUAAGGUGGGACGCAUCACUUUCCACUGGGGCCUGUGCAAUGCCUCCACUGAUGGGUCGGAGCACGGCCUCAACGAUGAAAAAUUCCCCCUGGAGAUGCAGAUAUACUGUUAUGAGGCAGAUGCUUUCAGUGGCCUCGAUGAGGCCCUCAGCGCAGCAGGAAAGAUCACAGCGUUGGCCGUGCUGUUUGAGAUAAGUACUGAGGAUAAUGAAAACUACAUGGCCAUCAUUGAUGCAGUCAACAGUGUCAGCCGUUAUGGAAAGAGCGGCCCUGUCUCUCCGUUCACCCUGCAAGGUCUCCUGCCCAAAUCCACAGAGAAGUACUUCAUCUAUAACGGCUCUCUGACCACCCCUCCCUGCUCUGAGACCGUGGAGUGGAUCGUCUUUAAAAACACGGUGACCAUCUCAGAUGUUCAGCUGGAGAUGUUCUGUGAGGUGAUGACCAUGCAGCAGGCUGGAUAUGUCAUGUUAAUGGACUACCUGCAGAAUAACUACAGAGAGCAGCAGGAACAAUUUAUGGGACAAGUCUUCUCAUCCUACACUGGCAUCGAGGAGGUCCAUACUCCUAUUUGUAGUUCUGAACCAGAGAAUGUGCAAGCCAACCCUAAUAAUCACACCAGUAUGCUUGUGAUCUGGGAGAGACCGCGGGCCGUUUAUGACUCGAGCAUAGAGAGAUACUCAGUCACUUACCGGCCGGCCCAGGGCGAUGAUGAAUCGGCCUUAGAGUACUUGACUGAUGGAGACCAGGAUGUGGGGGCGAUCAUUCAGGACUUGAUGGCCAACACUAGUUACAUGGUGCAGGUAGUUGCUGUGUGCACCAACGGUCUGUAUGGCAGAGUGAGUGACCAGCUGACAGUGGACAUGCCCCUGGAUGAUCUUGAAACAGACAAUGACUCCGACUCGUUUGAAUAUGAUGAAGAGGAAGACCAUCACAUCAAUCCCUUUUUGAUCAGACCUGGCACAAAUAAGCUUCCAUAUACCUUCCAAACCACCACAACCAGCCCAAGAGUUACUAAAACAGAGCGCCCGGUCCAUCCAGUCAUUAAGACGACACCAAGGACUCAUGAAAGAAGACUCUCAGUAGAAGACUCCCAGAAGACUCAUGAUCAUUAUUUUCCAGCAGUAUACACAGAUAAACCUACUCUGAAAUACACAGACAAACCUACCAUCCCGGUAACCAUAGCCACCAGUUUUGUUGUGGAUAUACAUACCACUAGACCAGAUGCUUCUAGCAUUGUAGCAGGUGUAUCCUCAGAGUCUGAUGGCCAAAGCAAUACCUUCACAGAUUCUCCAACAAGCAUCACCCUUGAAACAAGCGUCACCCCUGAAACAAGCGUCUCCCCUGAAACAAGCGUCUCCCCUGAAACAAGCGUCUCCCCUGAAACAAGCGUCUCCCCUGAAACAAGCGUCUCCCCUGAAACAAGCGUCUCCCCUGAAACAAGCGUCUCCCCUGAAACAAGCAUCUCCCCUGAAACAAGCAUCUCCCCUGAAACAAGCGUCACCCCUGAAACAAGCGUCUCCCUUGAAACAAGCAUCACCCCUGAAACAAGCGUCUCCCCUGAAACAAGCGACUCCCCUGAAACAAGCGUCACCCCUGAAACAAGCGUCUCCCCUGAAACAAGCAUCUCCCUUGAAACAAGCAUCACCCCUGAAACAAGCAGAACCCUUGAAAAAAGCAUAACCCUUAAAACAUUUGUAACAUCACCUUCGAUAUACAUUUCGGAGGUUGAGGAAGUGACUCAACCUGUAACCGACUCACACAGCUAUGGGGAGAUGACUGUAGCACCAUUGCCUGAAAUCCCAAUGGAAUCAACUUCCUCUACCUUCCCCCCAGAGGUCCCUCUGUGGCCUACAACUGCUAGCUUGCCUUUUCCAACCACUGCCGCUUUCAGCACUGUUCUGUCGCAGACCACCCAGCCAGUGUUUAAUGGUGAGAGUGCUUCGUAUGCCCCCUCUGUAUCUGACACUUCGUCCUAUGUGCAUGCAAAUCCUGUGUCCCCCCAUUCCUUAAGCAGUGUGUUGUCUGAGCCCAUCCCUGACUGGGACAUCCCAUACACUGUUUCCAAGCUGGUGUAUGGUGGUGCACAGUCUAUCACCCCUUCCCCUUCCUACCCUACCCUAUUCCUCACCGGCUCUGUGUCUUAUUUAGACAUGGAGCCUGUCUCUAGUGGUGGUUGUAUUGAUGAUGAUGGUGAUGAUGAUAUUUUGUCUGGGUCCAUCUCGGCUGACCCCCAGUGUAGAAGUACUCUUCCCCUUCAAACAUUACCAGAAGUGACUGCUUCUGUGGUCUCCAUGCAGCCAAGCUCUGAACAUGACCUCUCUGAGUCCCCCAGUAUUGUCUCCAUGCUGAGCUCUUUUGCACAUCUCCAGCCUUCAGUUCCUGUCUCUAACGACUACUCUCUGAUGACGACAACCCUUGACUCUGACUCUUCUCUCUCAGGUAGCGUUGGGGACUCUAGACUGCUGACGGAGUGGGUAGAUUCUUCUAUAGUAGCUCCUACCUUUAGUCAAGACAAUGGUGCAUCUACUGAAAUCUCUCUGCAUGCCUCUUCUAACUUCCUGCUGCCCUCCUCUACUUUGGGACUGUCCCCGUGUAGUGGUCUCUUGGGUGACCCAUCUAGUCCUGUAGAACACCAUUCGUUUCUGUCCACCUCCAGCGCCGGUACUCUUCUGUGCAGCAAAGCAGAUUUGGACCUCCGCAACGAGGCUCUUUUGUCAUCUCUUCCCAUUUUCACCAUGCCUUCUAGUGACCUCAGCAAUUCUGUUUCAGCCACCAACAGCAGCGUUGCACAAAGUGCAACUGGACAGUCCCAGGGAGCACCUGCUCCCGUAAGGUCUUCAACUAUUGCGCCAACUUCUACUGCAGAAUUCAUAUUCAAACGUACUCCUGUGGUGCCCCCAACUAUUGCGCCAACCUCUGCCCCAGAAUCCAUCUCUGUGAUUGCUCCUGUGGUGCCCCCAACCGUUGCACUUUCCUCUGCUCCAGAGUCCAGUUCCAUGCCUACACACUCUGCAGAUGGACAUCUGGAGAACAGUGCCUCGGACUGGGCUCUUGACUUAGAUUUGGGCCAGAGCUCAGCAUCAGGAGAUGAAAGUAUUGUCCCAUAUAUCACCACUGCCACUCCUACAGAGGUACCUCCUGAAGAGAAGGAUGAUGGGAAUGAGGAACACUCUUCCUCCUUCUACUUUGAAGGUGAGAAUGGGAAAGAUAGUGAAUCUACCGAAUUCAGAGUCACCCUGCGCCCUAGCCCGUCCUGGACUCUAAGAGGAAGUGGGGAAGAGGAGAGCGGAUCAGGAGAAAACCUCACAGAUAAUGAGACAUCUUCAGACUUCAGUAUUCCAGAGCGCACUGAGAGGGAUUCAGAGGAGGAACCAGUGGAAGACACUGGUAACAGCAGUCAUGAGUCGCGGGUGGGCCUGGCAAGCAGCAUUGAGCGCCAGAAGAAGGCUGUGAUUCCUCUGGCUGUGGUCUCCACCCUCACCUUCCUGGGUCUCAUCGUUUUGAUUGGCAUUUUUAUCUACUGGAGGAAAUGUUUUCAGACUGCUCAUUUCUACAUUGAAGACAGCACAUCACCCAGAGUUAUAUCCUCCUCGCCAAUGCUGAGCCCUACAGGUGAACACGAUCCCCAGUCAGUAAAGCAAUUUGUGAAGCAUGUGGCUGAGCUUCACAACACCAACUCAUUUUCUAGAGAGUUUGAGAUACUGAAAGAGUAUUUUGAGGAAGUUCAGACGUGCACCGUGGACCUCGGAACAACAACGGACUGUUCCAGCCAUCCAGACAAUAAGAACAAGAACCGAUACGUCAACAUUUUAGCCUAUGACCACAGCAGAGUGCGACUCGCACCCCUAAAUGACAAAGAUGGGAGAAGCGGAGGGGACUAUAUAAAUGCCAACUAUGUGGAUGGUUUUAACAAACAGAAAGCCUACAUUGCAGCACAAGGGCCCUUAAAGUCCAGCACAGUGGAUUUCUGGCGGAUGGUGUGGGAGCAGAAUGUGGGAGUGAUUGUUAUGAUCACAAACAUCAUGGAGAAAGGAAGGAGGAAGUGUGACCAGUACUGGCCUCUGGAGAACCAGGAAGACUAUGGAUGUUUUUUGGUUACUGUUAAAAGCACAAAAGUCCUCGCGCACUACACACAGAGAAGCUUCACCAUCAGAAAUACCAGCAUAAAGAAGGAUUCUCAGAGAGUUCGUAGUAACGAGAGGACAGUAAUACAGUACCACUACACACAGUGGCCAGACAUGGGUGUACCGGAGUACGUCCUGCCUGUGCUUUCAUUCAUCUACAAGUCCUCUAGAGCUCGAACAGACCACAUGGGACCAAUGAUUGUACACUGCAGUGCUGGAGUGGGCCGAACAGGGACCUACAUAGUGUUGGACAGCAUGUUAAAACAGAUUAAAGGGCAGGGGACAGUCAACAUUAUGGGCUUCCUCAAACACAUUCGUACACAACGGAACUAUCUAGUUCAAACAGAGGAGCAAUACAUCUUUACCCAUGAUGCUCUAGUAGAGGCCAUUUUGAGUCAAGAGACAGAGGUGCCAUCAAGCCAUAUUCAUCAGUAUGUUAACAACCUCCUAACCCCAGGGGCCUCAUGUAAGACACAGCUGGAAAAGCAGUUUAAAUUGGUGUGCCAGUUGAAUGCCAAACAGAAUGAUUACAGCAGUGCCCUGAAUGACUGCAACAGAACAAAGAACAGGAGCUGCUCUCUGAUUCCUGUGGAGAAAUCCAGAGUGUGUUUGUCCACAUCAGCAGGAGAGACGUCUGACUACAUCAAUGCCUCAUAUGUCAUGGGCUAUCGGCAGAGCAAAGAGUUCAUCAUUACCCAGAAUCCUUUGCCCAGCACAGUGAAGGACUUGUGGAGGAUGGUGUGGGAUCACAACGCCCAGGUUAUUGUUUCAUUGUCGGACACGAGUAGCACGACAGAAGACAGCGAGCCAAUCAUAUUCUGGCCUGUGAGAGAUCAGCCAAUCAGCUACGAGACGUUCUCUGUAUCGUUACGAGGGGAGGGCCACGUGUGCCUGUCCAAUGAAGACAUGUUGAUAGUGCAGGAUUACAUUCUAGAGGCCACACAGGAUCAGUAUCAGUUCCUCUACAAAGCCAUCCUGAGUUUGGUCAGCACCCAAGAAGACGAGCGAGCGUUUCAGUCUUCAGACAACAACGGCACGGUCCCAGGAGACGUCUCGAGUGCGGCCGAGAGUCUGGAAUCUUUGGUGUAA